UUUAAUUGAAUUGACAUGUUGACUACUAAUUACUACCACAAAGAUGGUCACUGGUCCACCCACUGUUGAAUGUAAACUUAAAAAUAUAUUCUAUUAUCUAUAUUUCUAUGAUUUCAAUAGGUUUCCUAUGGAAGAUUGACAGUGUCAUUUAAAAAACAGAUAUUCCCAUUCAAGACAAAGGAGAUGAUUUUGGACUACAAGAAAAGGAGGACUGAGCAAGCCCCCAUUCUCAUCGACUGGGCUGUAGUGGAGCAGGUUGAGAGCUUCAAGUUCCUUGGCGUCCACAUCACCAACAAACAAACAAACAUGGUCCAAGCACACAAAGACAGUUGUAAAUAGGGCAUGACAAAACCUAUUCCUCCUCAGGAGACUGAAAAGAUUUGGCAUGGAUCCUUAGAUCCUCAAAAGUUUCUACAGCUGCACCAUCGAGAGAAACAAAAUGGGUUGCAUCACUGCCUGGUAUGGCAACUGCUCGGCCUCUGACCGCAAGACACUAACGAGGGUAGUGCGUAUGGCCCAGUACAUCACUGGGGCCAAGCUUCCUGCCAUCUAGGACCUCUAUACCAGGCAGUGUCAGAGGAAGGCCCUAAAAAUGGUCAAAGACUCCAGAAACCUGGGCCUCCCGAGUGGCGCAGUGGUCUAAGCUGUGCCACUAGAGAGUCCAGGCUCUGUCGCAGCCGGCCGUGAUCGGGAGACCCAUGGGGCGGCGCACAAUUGGCCUAGCGUCGUUCGGGUUAGGGGAGGGUUUGGCCGGCAGGGAUAUCCUUGUCCCAUCACGCACUAGCAACUCCUGUGGCGGGCCGGGCGCAGUACACGCUGACACGGUCGCCAGAUGUACGGUGUUUACUCCAACACAUUGGUGCGGCUGGCUACUGGGCUAAGUGAGCAUUGUGUCAAGAAGCAGUGCUGCUUGGUUGGGUUGUGUUUUGGAGGACGCACAGCUCUCAACCUUUGCCUCUCCCGAGUCCGUCCGGGAGUUGCAGCGAUGAGACAAGACUGUAACUACCAAUUGGAUACCACGAAAUUGGUGAGAAAAAGAGGUUACAUUUUUUAAAAUAAAAAUAAGACUCCAGCAACCCUAGUUAUAGACUGUUCUCUCUGCUACCGCACAGUAAGCGGUACCGGAGCGCCAAGUCUGGGUCCAAAAGGUUUCUAAACAGCUUCUAUCCCCAAGCCAUAAGACUCCUGAAAAUCUAAUCAAAUGGCUACCCAGACUAUUUGCAGUCGGCAUAUGUGACAAAUGAAAUUUGAUUUGAUUUUAAUUUGAAGUCAACAUUCUCUGGUGUGUGGACUUUCGACCAUCUUUUUGGUACCAUUUGAAAGUUAAAAUUUCAAUUUUAUUCCCAUUUCAGUAAAUUUAUGAGCCAAAACAUGACACCCACCCUGUAUUCAAGAACAUGUUGUGUCUCAACUGAUGGUGGGCACAACACAAAAACCUCAGAUUAAGUCAAAUAGGGUCUAAGAUACAACAUCUGAAUAUGCUAAAAAUUGGAGUUGACACAUUUUUAGACAAUUGACAUAUACGGUUAUAAAAUGACAAAUGUUAUACCCCCCAAAUUCCAAUAAAUUAUUGAAUAGUUUGACACCCCUGUUUGUAAGCUUUUAAAUGAUAUAAAUCUCAACCAUUUGUCGUUUCCAGUGAUGAGGACAUGGAUGUCUCAUAUUAUGGUGGGGUAUAAAAAAUAUGGCAAUCUUUGAUGUUUUGGCCUCCAGGUCCAAGAAGUCACUUUCUGAACACUUCUACAAUGGGACAGUAUGGAUGAAAGGUGCUGUCAAAAAGUUACUUUACAACUGUACGUGAUCUACAGUAUUUCAUAAAAUAAUGGAUAAAAUACCUGGGUUUAUUGAUGAUUUAAAAUCAUUUUUUGUUGUCAUAACAAAAAAAACAUGUUAGAAAUGCAGAAGGGAAAUCAAAUAAAUCAUAGCCUGGGUGACAAUCUGUUUCUGCUCUUUUGCCAACUUCUUAUGGACUUGUCAUGCUUGGCUUGACAAUGGAGUAGGCAUAAGCAUAAACAGAUCUUGGACCAGGCUAAAAUACAUUUUCAUAGAAGAAUAUGACAUCAUCAGUUGCUAAUUUACCAGUCCCAGGGUCAAUGUGACCAAAGUCUACCUAGACUUUGAGGUGGUUGUUUUAGUCCACGAUGCUUUGCUUCACUUCCUCCUUUCUUUCCAACCACAACUCACAGUGAAGAAAGAAACUCCAUCGCAUCGAGCCUCAACUCAAGUGACAAAGGGGGGAAACCCUGUCUAAAGAACAUGUCUCUGAAAUGCAGCAUGGUAUGCAGCAGACAGAUUUGUUUGUGCAAGGACACUACAAGACACACUAGAGGAUGAAGAGUCAACAGCACACCUCCAGAUAUCUGCUGCUCCAUGUGUGGUGCGGGUUUCUCACAGUUGCAAUGGGGAUUAUGGUCGCAGUUCUCACAACAGUGCAAAUAAGCUCACCUGACAAGAGUAAUUUACCUGAAUCAAAGGAGGAUAACCAGCACCCUCCAAACGGCAGUUUUCUGGCUCAAUUGAAUUCAUCAAAGGCUCCCCGUCCCUCCUAUAUCCAGCUGACCAUGGAAGGAACAUUAUCUUGGGAGAAUGACCAUGAUGCCCCCGUCUGUGGCUCUUGCUCCCUCGUCCUCCGCGACAACUCUGUCUACAUCAGAUCUGAAGGCUUCUACUACUUCUAUGUCCAGGUCACCUUCACUAGGCACACCGGGGGAGAGGAGAAGAGGAAGGUGACUCUGUUCAAAAAUGGCAUUCAACAUAAGACUCAGCAAAGGAGACUGAGUGAAGCCGUGUAUCACGGAGAGAAAGAGGGCACUGUGUUCAUGUCCAGGAUGGUUAAGCUCCAACAAGGUAACAGUCUCAGCCUUGAGAUAACAUCCAAGAAUAAUAGUUUUAGGUAUGGGGGAGAGAAUACCUAUUGGGGGGCAUAUCAGCUCCCCCCAUAUUGAGCCAACAGACAUUGUUAUUGAGACUUAGUUCAAGAUUGAACCAAAGAAGCUGUUAAAACAUUGUUGUUUUUUUUAAAGUGUGCGUUUAUUUACUAAACUGAAUUUAUUUUGUGAAAACUGUAAUUGUUUAGCAUAUGCAUUGUUUGCUUCACUGAACAGAUUUGAUUAUGUAAUGAGGUAACAGAAUACAUCUUCAAACUAUGUA